AUGACCCAGAAGUACAUUGUCGUCUUCAACAAGACCACCUCGGCGGAGGACAUCGAGAAGGAGAUCGCCGCGGUCGAAGCAGCGGGCGGUGAGGUAUACCAGAAGUACACGACGUCGCUGAAGGGCUUCGCCGCCACCAUUCCGGAUAGCCACCUGCAGGAGCUCAAGAACCUGCAGGGAGAUGGAGGCAAGAUCCAACACAUCGAGGCCGAUGGUGAAGUCCACACUCAGUGA